AUGAAUCCUCCAACCAGCAGAGACGAUACUAACCCGCCAGAGGACUACAUGCCCCAGUCGUCAUCUUCAUCUGCAGGAGGAGGAGGUUUGUAUCUGGACGCCUAUGAGGUCUCUUUUCCCCUGGAGGAGAGUAUAGAGAGACCACCUGCCUAUCACCUGAACCAGGGCCAGCACAUGAUGGACGAGCCCAUGGUGCCGGAGCUUCCUCACUCUCAGUACAGCCCUUUCAUCCUGGUCUCUAACCUGCGGGCUCACCUGUACGUGGCCCUGGAGAAGAACGCCUGGCUGCAGAAGCGCAUCGAGGAGCUGGAGGAGGAACGCAACUUCCUGCGCUGUCAGCUGGACCGCUUCAUCGUCAGCAUGAGGACUCCAGAGGGUGAGUGGUGUGGAGACACCCAGCGGAGCGUGAAGGUCCAGCCUUCUAGCUCUCCCUCGCCCCCCUCCCCCAUGACCACCAGAUCUGGAAUGACCCUCAAACGCCUGCAGGGACCAGGACCUCGGUCUCGCCGCAGCACCGCCAUCCCUGUCAAGCAGGAGUUUCAUCUGGAAGAAGACAAUUACUACACUGAGGACGAGUACGUGGAGGAAGAGGAGGAGGAGGAGGAAGAAGAUGACUCGUCUGUAGAGAAGGGGUCAAAGAAGAAGGGGCGAGGACGAGCCAGCGGAGAGCCGAGGAUGAAGAUGAGGAGGAUCUUUAGGAUCACCCAUGGGAGGGAGAGACAGAGAGUUAAAGACCCAGACGGCGUUUUGAUUCGUUAUAAGAAGAUCCUGUCCACCUACCAGAGGGUGAGGAGCAUGUCCCGAGCCUUCCAGAUCCACGGAGUCGACCGGAACACCAUGGCCUCCACCUCCCCCAUCGCAGAGCUGCUGCUGGUGGCUCCAGAGAAGGUGACAGAAGUCGGAGAGUUCGAGGCAUCAAAGGAGAAGCUGUUGGAUUACGCCCGGCGGUGCUACAAGACCAUGGACGAGCAGACGCAUGCGAAGGUCCAGGCCAUGAAGAAGACUCACAAACUGCUUCCCAUCUCCUACAGGUUCAGAAACUGA